CCGGACAAACAAUGUAUAUAUAUAUACGGAGUGUAUUCAUCCAUCCCCCUUUAUACGGCCGGAAGUUCAUUUUUAGAAUCGAACCGAGAAAAUUUUCAUCCAUGGCGGAAGCGGUGAGCAUGGUGGCCGGCGUGGGGUUCACGCCGUCGGGGAUCAGUUCUAAAUCGGCGACUCGCGGCUGCAGUCAACGCGGAGUUUGUAGGUUUCCGGAUGUAUCGGCUGUUUUAUCGCGCGCGUGCUCGGAUGUUCAGCCGAUGAAACUCCGGUGCGGAGGUCCGAUUUCACCGAGCACUGAUUUUAAUGGCCGCGGAGUGGACAUCGGCAACACGCUUUCCGCUGGAAAUGGCCGGAAACAGAUUAGCUUUGGAAUUGGGAAAGCUCAAAGAUGGUGGGAGAAAGGGGUUCAGCCCAACAUGAAAGAAGUCGGCGGUGCUCAAGACCUUGUGGACUCUCUUUGCAAAGCCGCUGACAAAUUGGUCGUGGUGGAUUUCUUUUCCCCUGGUUGUGGUGGCUGCAAAGCCCUCCAUCCCAAGAUAUGCCAAUUGGCUGAGAUGAACCCAGGCAUACAGUUUCUGCAGGUGAACUAUGAGGAGCACAAGUCGAUGUGUUACAGCCUUAAUGUACAUGUUCUUCCCUUCUUCCGUUUCUACAGAGGACCUCAAGGCCGUGUUUGUAGCUUCAGCUGCACUAAUGCUACGAUCAAGAAAUUCAAAGAUGCAAUUGCAAAAUAUGGGGGAGAGAGCGGGCACAGCACCGCGGGACCUGCAAAGGGGCUGGAGGAGAAAGAGCUACUGGCAUUGGCAGCUAACCGGGAUCUAUCCUUCAAUUACACACCCAAACAAGAAGAACCACUUUAUGUCCCUUCACAAGCAGUGGUCUCUGGAUUCCAGCUCCCUCUCCAGCCGCCACCAUCAAUGGUGGUCAAUCAACUCUCUGCAGGUGCCGAGGACUGGAGUUUGGCUUCCUCGGGUCGGUGAUGACCAGAAGAUUGCCCCCACACUUGUGUACGUACAUACAUAUAUAUAUCCAUCCAUCAAGUAACUAUUCCCACAUAGAAGGUUUAAUUAAAUUUGUAGUUUUGGGGGCAUUGGAUUUUUUUUCCCUAAUCAGUGCCUCUUCCACUCCUUGUACGAGAGAUUAGGGGGGUUUCCAUCAGGAGGUAGGCAAUUGCAUUAAUGCAUCGAUUCUAUUCUCUUGGGCUUUUCUCCCUUUUUUUCAAUGGAGAUUAGCUGUCUGUGUAGCAGACAAAAUUACCACUGUAUUAGUAAUCUCCUGUAAUGCUCUUCUGAGACUGAUAACGAAUUCUGCUUUGUCUGGUCUUCAAUGAAAUUAGUAUCCCUUU